CUCCGCAUCCAGCGAGCGGAGUGAUCGAGGAUGAGGGGAACCAUUUGGGCAGAUAUUGAGGAGGAUUAGUUGUGCAGUAUUCUAUUUGGUGAUGCGAGGGCGUGCGUGUGUGGCGAGGGUGUUUAUAUAGAAAGCUUCAGCAAAGUGGGUGAGGGAGGCAUCUCCUUCCUCGCCUUGGUGGAGGUAAGUUUCAUGAGUUGCGCCAGGUUUACAGGAGACGAAGGAGGAGGCAGAAGAAGAAGAAGAAGAAGAAGAAGAAUUCACCUCCAUCACCACCUCCGCGACAACGUGGAUCAGCUGCAGGCAGCUUUGCCUCACCGGAGCAUCGACGACGCCAGGCGAUUUGAAGAAGAAGAAGAAGAGAAAGAGGUGGUGGAAGUGGAGGUGAGAGCGGUGACGGGGAAGUGUGCGGUGAAGAGUGGUGUUGAUGCAUCGUAGUCUGCGCGUUGGAAGAGGAGCGAGGAUUGAAGAUUAGUUCUGAUUUUUUGGGGUCUCAUUGGCAUUACGAACUUCGUUGUGACUUCAGUUCUUCAUCAUCUUUCGGAAUCAAACUGCAGGAUCCUGUCAUCGCGGCUAUUCUGGAAUUGCGGGAUUCCUUUUCUGACAAAGGGGACCUUAUCUCAGCAUACUCAGCUGUCAGUAACGUACCUAUGUACUUGAAACGGAAGUUUACUGAUCGUGGAAUAUAUUCCUCGGUGCAGCCGGGAUUGGAGCAAGUUAUCAAGUGGCAUCCGUCUGCAGCCUGUAUUACCAGUUGUCAAUGAAGUCAGUUUUAUGGUAAUGACGCAGUAAAGUCUUGAGAACAGAAGAUAUAUCAAUAGCAUUACUCAUCAGGAGACAAACUUGAUGAUGUGUUAUUUUGCCUAAGCAGAAGCUGGUUAAGAGGUCGACGGGGUUCCAGUAUAGACCUGACUGUUUUUCAUGUAAACAGUCUUCCCCCUCCCACUCUCUUCUCCAACUCCCAAAAUAAAACAUUAAAAGAAAACAUAGUGACUUGUUUGGUAUUGGAGUUCGUAGCAACAUGGUGACUGGGAUGAGAUUUCAGAUGUAUGCCCUAUUGUGGCCGACAUUGAUGUUCUCAUUGGUGACGGGAAUGGCGGUCGGAGUAGUGCCAGAAACAAGCCAGGUUGGGUCAAAGGAUCAACCAACGUUCGUUCGCCAUUUUUGGUCUACUUCCGACAAGCACCAUUACAAGUUGUCUCAGGAUGGCGAGGGGGCUGAACUUGUCUUGGAUCAAAGUUCAGAUUCUGAUCUUCUCUUAAUGUUUUCAGCUGCUGGUUUUGCCUCUAAAACGAGGUACUUGUUUGGGCGCGUAAGCAUUCAAAUGAAGGUUCAUCCAGGUGAUUCAGCAGGCACCGUCAGUACAUUCUAUACUUCCUCUUUGAGUGGAAAGCAUGACGAGCUUGACUUCGAAUUUCUUGGCAACCAACCUGGGAAACUCUACGUCCUGCAGACUAAUGUGUAUGCCUCAGGAGUCGGUGACCGUGAGCAGCGUAUCCGACUUUGGUUUGACCCCACAGAGGAUUUUCACACGUAUGAGAUCCACUGGAACAAAGAGAUAGUCAUCUUCAUGGUGGACGACACACCCAUCAGAAUUUAUAGAAACAACGAAGAUCUGGGUGUUCCGUAUCCUUCGCGUCAGGCUAUGAGCGUGUUCGCAAGCUUGUGGAAUGGUGAAGAAUGGGCUACCCAAAAUGGAGCCAUCAAAUUAAACUGGAGCAACGCACCAUUUGUAGCUGCUUACCGAGGCUAUGAAGUCGAAGGAUGCGAAGUUCCCUGGUACAAAGGGGAUAUUAAGUACUGCCAAUCAUCAGAUACCGAUUCCAUGCUAAGGAGAGCCACCAUCCACAAUUUAACAACUAGGCAGCAAGCACGGUUACAAUGGGUGACAGAGAAUCUCUUAGUGUAUGACUACUGCAAAGAUGUUUACCGAUAUCCAACACCUCAUCCGGAGUGCAGUCGCAAUUCAGGACUUCAAAUUAUUGGUCCCCAGCCUCUUAAGCACCUAGAUGGGUUGAAGGUUCUUGAGAACUAAAUCUUAAAGUUAGGGCGCCUGACUGUAAAACAAAUGUACUUUAUGAGAACCUGAUCUAAGAACUAGGCCUGAUUUAACUGGCAAUUGCCUUAAGAUAAGAGUCGUGUACAAGAAUACUGUAGGUUGGCUAUGAAACUUGGACUCGAGUGAACCUCAGUCGGAAACUGUGAGGCUUAUGAAAAUAUUUGAGGAAAUAUUCUGUAGUUCGUUAAGGCGGGAGACCUGCAUAAGCUCUCUUUCAGCAACUUGAUCAGGGUGUUUCAAGAUUACAGGACUUCGACACUGAUUUUCAGUAACGUUGCAGCUUAAAUAGGAAAGGACUCAAUAACAGAGAACAGAUCUCUGCGUCAAUUUUGCACUAGAUAAUUUCACCUUUUAGAUUAGUCUAGAGAAUUAUCCAAAAAAAUUCAGAUCAUUGUAAAAUGAUUGUCACUACAUUUUUUGGGGGUUAUUAGCGCCCCUCUUGACAUGGAAACUAGCUUCGAUUUCUCACUACUUAUUCUUGUCAUUGAACUCGGAAACACAUUUUACCUCAUAUUAUUUUA